AUGCUAGCAGCACGAACUGGAUCUUCAGCAACCAAACUUGAUGAAAUCUCCAAAUUAAGAAAAUAUUCUGUUAAUUCCUUGAACAAGGAAAGGCAGAAGUUUUCUCAGGACAGUCGAAAUAGUACAGCAAUCCAAAUGUGGCAGAGGUUUCAAAGAUUGGCUAUUGUACGUGCAUCUGAAAUGAAUUGGUACCUGAAAGUAUAUGAUUUAUCAUUAGAAGAUACUGUGGCCUAUCAGACUCGAAUGAUUUACAGGAACCUGGGAAAAUCAGGACUUCGAGUAUCUUGCUUAGGACUUGGAACCUGGGUGACAUUUGGAGGUCAGAUUUCUGAUGAGGUGGCUGAGCAGCUAAUGACAAUUGCCUAUGAACAUGGAAUUAAUCUCUUUGAUACAGCAGAGGUGUAUGCAGCUGGCAAGGCAGAAGUCAUACUUGGAAACAUCAUCAAAAAAAAGGGUUGGAGACGAUCAAGCUUGGUGAUAACAACGAAGCUAUAUUGGGGAGGAAAGGCUGAGACUGAAAGAGGCCUUUCUCGAAAACACAUUAUUGAAGGUUUAAAGGCCUCUCUGCAAAGAAUGCAACUUGAGUAUGUUGAUGUUGUGUUUGCCAAUCGACCAGAUACCAACACCCCAAUGGAAGAGAUUGUCCGGGCAAUGACAUACGUGAUAAACCAAGGAAUGACCAUGUAUUGGGGAACAUCCCGCUGGAGUGCCAUGGAGAUUAUGGAGGCCUACUCAGUAGCAAGACAGUUCAAUUUGAUCCCUCCAGUCUGUGAGCAAGCCGAAUAUCAUAUUUUCCAGAGAGAGAAAAUUGAGGUCCAACUCCCUGAGCUUUAUCACAAAAUCGGAGUUGGAGCAAUGACCUGGUCUCCCCUUGCUUGCGGAAUCAUCAGUGGAAAGUAUGAUAUUGGAGUACCUGAGAGUUCAAGGGCUUCAUUAAAGUGUUAUCAAUGGUUAAAGGACAAAAUUAUCAGUGAAGAAGGAAGAAGACAGCAGGCAAAGCUAAAGGAUCUCACUCCAAUUGUGGAGCGACUGAGCUGCACACUACCCCAAUUAGCAAUAGCUUGGUGUCUGCGCAAUGAAGGUGUUAGUUCAGUUCUCCUGGGGGCCUCCAAUACAGAACAACUUACAGAAAACCUAGGCGCCAUACAGGUUCUCUCAAAAUUGACAUCCCAGAUUGUGAAUGAGAUUGACAGCAUACUUGGCAACAAACCAUUAGGCAAGAAGGACUACCGAUCCUAAUUUAAAGAUGCAUGAUGAUGACUGAGAUUGCAUGAUGAAAGUGGUAC